AUGCCCCCCGCGACCUGGUCGUCGUCGUCUUCCUCCGCCCCCGCGGGCCGCGCCGGGGGUCUCCCGGGGGACGGCGGGCGGCCGAGCAGGGGCACCAGGCUGGGGUCACACGUCGGGGGCGGCCCGGGGCCCUGCGCCGCGGCGGGGCAUCUCGGCAGCCCCGUCCUGAGCGGCGAGGCCGAGGGCAGCAGCAGGCGGGCCGGCGCGGGCAGGCACAGCCCCGCGGUGGGAAGCGGCGGCCGCGCGGAGCCCCGGGAGGUGGAGGGGCGCCCGGACUCGCGGCUCGCGCGGAGCUCGGCGGGGACCGGAGUUGCGGGCGAGGCGGGACGGAGCGGCGUCCUUGCGGCCGGCGGGGCCGGGGCCGGGGCCGGGGCCGGGGCCGGCGGGGCCGGGCGCGGAGGCCGCCUAAGCGGGGCCCGGCGGCGAGGCGGCGAAGGCGAAGGCGAAGGCGAAGGCGAAGGCGAAGGCGAAGGCGAAGGCGCGGGGGUCCCGGCGCGCAGACCCGGCGGGCGCCCCUGGCUCGCGGCGGACCCGGAGCGACUGGGAGCCCAACUUCAGCCCCCGCGCCGCGCCCCCCCUUCCUGGCCCGGCUCGAUUGGCCGCUUCCCGAGCUGUCAGACUGGAGCCCCGCGCUCUUAUUGGGCGAUCCUCCGGCCGGGCGGCCGUGCCGAAGGAGGGCGCACCGGGCCGGGGCCACCGGGCAGCCACUGCCGCAGGGAGCGGGAGACCGGCGGCCCCCGAGGCCCGGAGGGCCAGGCCCGCAAACGGACGGGGCGCCCGGAGACUCGGAGGACCUCGGACACGCGGGAAGCCAGGGACGGAGAGGAUGGAGAUGCAGUGGACACCCAUGGAAGGCUGAACCCAGGGGUCAACCUCUGCGAAGAGGAGGAGUCCUCAAGAUCAGAAGAAAACUAGGAAAGGAACAAAAGGCAGAGGUUUUGAAGACCAAGUCCAGGAUGUGCACCUGACUGUUGUCAUCGGCGAGGGGCUGCCCCAAUGCCAGUUGCUGCUGGAGGUGAGGGAGAGACCCUUUGCUGCCCGGGGCGCUUAAUGCUUCCAGUCCCCGCAAGAUACCACCUGAUCUGCAGCUGCCGACCCCUCGGACUCCAGUGCCCACAGUCCAUGCUUUAUCUCGGUUCCUGUUCUUGCUUUGCUUGCUUUCUUGAGCUUUAUCCUAGAAGUCGGGAAACAUCCCCGUGAGUCACUUAUUCUUUCAAUACACAUAAACUGAUUAUCCAUUUCAAGCAGAAAACUGUGCUGGGCACAGUGGAGUGGGGACAGCUCAAGAAGUGUGCCAGCCGGGUGGCACCCUCGAGAAGUCAGAGGUGAGGGAAUCACAGAAAAUGCAGCACAGCGGUGCCACGUCAGCAGAGAGCAUGUCGCGCACGGCUUAUGCCGGGUGCUUCUUGAACACUCCAAGCAAGAGGCUGUGACCUAAUAGGAGAAAAACAUUCCUAGAGGUUGGGGGAGCAAGAAGACUUUUGGGAGAGAUGAGAAGGGCCUUAGAUAUGCAUAGAAAUUGGGUAUUCAAAGACAGGAUGGAGUUCCCAGGAUUUAAAACAUUCCUCUGGGGUGCCUGGUGGCUCAGUGGGUUAAGCGUCUGGCUUGGGCUCUGGUCAGGAUCCUAGGGUCUUGGGAUUGAGCCCUACAUCCAACCCUACAUCCAACCCUACAUCCAGCCCUACAUCCAGCCUUACAUCCAGCCUUACAUCCAGCCUUACAUCCAGCCCUGCAUCCGGCUCCCUGCUCGGUGGUGGGGAGCCUGCUUCUCCCUCUCUCUCCACUAUGCCCCUUGCUUGUGUUCUCUGGCUCUCUCUCUGUGUCAAGUAAAUAAAUAAAAUCUUUUAAAAAUAUAUAAAUAAAUAAAACAUUCCUCUAGUCACAAAAGGCCACCCAUUCUAUGAUCCUAUUUAUAGGAAAUGUCCCAAAGAAGCAGAUCUACAGAGAUGGGAAAAAGGAUCAGUGAUCACCUGGAGCUGGGGGGUCGAGGGAGAGGCGGAGACUACGGCUAAUGUGUACAACGGGGUGGGGAAAGCGGUCCUAACGUUCUGGCUUUGGUUCCACAACUCUGCAAAGACACAAAAAAUCAUUGAAUUACACACUCUCAAUGGAUGAACUUCAUGGAAUGCAAAUUAUAUUGCAAUAAAGCAGUUAAAAAAUGGGGGAAAAGAUAAGGCCCAGAAAGACCAUGCCUUCGGUAUCCCUGCUUCACAGUUAUAGAAAGAAUAUCCAAAAAAAAGAAUAUCCUAGUGUUAAGCUCCUAGUUUUUUUCCUGUAGGAAGGUCCCUUUUCCUCUUGUGAAAGCCUACUUAAAAUUUCAAGGACCCCGAUUUUAGUUAAGAAAAUACAUUAUGGUAAAAGGCUAUUUAGGUUUAGCGAUUGAUUUAAACAAAUUCAUACUUUAUUAAUCCCAAUAGCAUCUACCCGGUAGGACAGUGGUUCUGUAUCUGUAGGGGGAGCAUGUUUAUUAUGCCUACAGACAGGGCUUAGUGGCCUCUCUUUCAAGAUUUCCUCAGGUCCUUCGAGGUCCUCAGGCCACCGGUUUAGAAUUCUGGUCCAUGCUCUACCAAGGUGUUUUUGGCUCAAUUUCUCUGACAGGUGAAUGCUAAUGGAUGGAGACCCACUAGCAAAAAAAAAAAAAUGUGAUAUACUCUUCACCCAUUUGAUGUUUCAGCCUUUUCAAGUGCUCAGCCAAAAUGGCACCCUUUCUUUUCCUAAACCAAUGGGCUUGGCUGAGAGUAGAUCCAGCAAAGAAGACGGCCAGAGCCAUGCCAGUUGGCAGACACUUGUCUCUAGCAAAUGUAAUUAAAGGCAGCAGCAAGCUGAGCCAGUUCAACUAGGGAAGAGCUCUAAGCUUGGAGUCAGAAGAUCUGGAGGUCCUCCACCAGCUUGACUAAUUCCUCGCUGUGUUACGUCUCAAGAGUCACUUCACCUCUCUGAACUGCAGUCCCCAGCUAGCAAGAAUAGCAAAUGCCCCCUUACCCCUCCUUGAUGACUUGUUAUGAGGAUCAGGACAAUGAUGAGAAAUUCCUUCUCAAAUUAUUCGCCCUUCUGUGAAAUCGGAAUCAUUCUUAAUUAUAGCCGCUUGAUAAAUUGAUUCUUAACAUCUAAAUCCAGAUGUUCAUUUAAGAGGUAAGCACGGAAUGAGACGUAUCUCUGGGUCUCAGGCUCUUGCAUACGUUUAUGGAUGACGGUGAUAAAUAUUUUUAUGUCUGUGCUGUGUGUGUACCAGCUCCCCUAGUAGUCGGGGAGAUCUGCUCUUUCAUCGCUGCUGUGUUCAAAGCAGAGCCCCCAGGGCCAUGCAGAUGAAGUGUCUGUUCUCAAAGACGGUCCUCCUUUUUUUUUUUUUUUUUGUAAAGACGGUCCCUCUUUUGGGAUUCUGAUGGACUGCCGCCUGUCUGCCGGGCCGGGGCCGACUGGAGACUGGAGAGCUGAGUCGUGAGUCGUCCUGCAGGCGUGGGUGGUGAUCACAGCGGUCUGUGAGGAGCUGGAGUGGUGCUGAGCGCUUUUGCUCCUCUCCAUGGCUACUACUCUGCUUGGCCUUGGAGUGGUCUUGUCCAGUCUCUGUGUCACUGACUUUGGAUCUGUGAUUGGGGAUGGCACGGCAAGCCAAGCUGUGUUAGAAAUCUUGCUGGGGCUGGCUGACCUUCCCCAAGCUGGGAUAAUCUCUCUCCCUGGCAACAGGCAGAGGCACCAAGGGACAGUGACAGAUUGCGAAAUCCUGGGGUUGGGCUUUCUAGAAUUACUUAAAGAGAGAAAAUAGUAACAAUACCUUGCAUUUGUAUAGUGCUUUAAAAAAAAAACUGAAAGCAGUCUUCAGAAACUAUUCAAGGAAAAGGCAGCUUUGGAAUUGUCUGGUAAAGAAUGAACCAGGUGGGUAAGAGAUGUAUUGUCUUAUUCUCAUCUACUCAAUAACAUUGGAAGUAUUAGAAGAAAUCUCCCCCACCCCAACACAACACAGAUGAGGGUGCAGAGAAGGACAAGUGGGCUGACUUGGCCAAUAUGACACAGCAUUGGGGGCAGAAUUUGACUUAGCCUGCUUAACUUUUUUUGUUAACCCAAAGCAGGCAGAGAGGAUGAAGUUGAAUGACCUAACAAUUUGGUUUAUUUUGCAUGUGGACAGCUCUUCCUGAGUCAGAUUUUUGACUUGGUCCUCUGGGCACAUACAGGAAUAUGCUCCUAGUUAGCGAUCAGAAAGCAAUGAAGAAGUGUAGAGGUGGGGCAUGAGAAGAAUUGUCCUUUUCUAGAGAGAUACCUACCUGUGGUGAGGUCACUAAGGAUCUUUAACCAAGGCAGGACCAGACCCAACAGAUAGGGAUGGAUGGAGCUGCCUCUGUUGCCUGGGAGUCUCAGUGAUGUUGGAAGAAGGGGUCAGCAAACUCCGACCAGUGGGCCGUAUGUGGCCAUUACUUGUUUUUACAAAUAAAGUUUUAGGGCCCAUGGCUGGCUCAGUCGGUGGAGACUGUGACUCUUGAUCUCAGGGUUGUAAAUUCAAGUCCCACUUUGGAUGUAGAGAUUACUUAAAAAAAUAAAAUCAAGAAGAAAGAAAGAAAGAAAGAAAGAAAGAAAGAAAGAAAGAAAGAAAGAAAGAAAGAAAGAAAGAAGAAAGAAAGAAAGAAAGAAAGAAAGAAAGAAAGAAAGAAAGAGGAUUUAUUGAAACAUAGCCAUACUUAUUUAUUUACUGUCUCAGUCUGCUUUCACACUAGAUGACAGAAUUGAGUAGUUAUGACAGAGAUCAGAUGAACUACAAAGUCUAAAAUCUUCAUUAUUUGAUCCUUUUGCAAAAAUUUUGCCAACCAGGACACCUGGGUGACUCUGUGGUUGAGCACCUUCCUUCAGCUCAGUCCGUGAUCCUGGAGUCUGGGGAUCCAGUCCCUCAUCAGGCUCCCUGCACGGAGCCUGCUUCUCCC